ACACCUCUCGGUCACUGACCCACGCACGUGCACGCUUAAGAGGAAACGAGAUGGAGAGAGAGAGAGAGAGAGAGAGGGAGGGAGAGAGAGAGAGAGAGAGAGAGAGAGAGAGAGGGAGACUCUGCUGCUUCUCUGCCGGAUAACACGAACUUCCUUUCCUUUCCUUUCCUCUCCUAAGUAAACGUCACUAUAAAUGCUGCGCAGCACACCUCUAACUCAUUCACUAUAACCUCAAGAAGACAGCUAAAUAACAGGUCAUCAGAGAUGAAACACAUCACAGUCAUGUUGGCGCUCGUUGCUCUGAGAGUUUGUGGGGAAAACAUCAGUGACGGCUAUUGUGUGGAUGGAAAAUGCUUCGUCGUCCAUGAACACAGAGCAAGUUUUGACGAUGCCCAGAGCGUGUGUCAAGAGAAAGGAGGACAUCUGAUGACCGUGCGCACAGAGAAAACAGCCAGUGUACUCGGUGGGUUGUUGAACGGCACUUCUGGAGACUUUUGGAUUGGGUUGAAACAUCAAUGUUCAGACUCAAACGAUGGGUUAAAGGGAUACAAAUGGGUUAAUGGAGACAACACAACCCAAUUCAUCAACUGGAAAACCCACUUAUCGGUUUGUUCUCCUCGGUGUGCUUCGGUGUCACAUGAAGUUCUCAAAUGGUCCGAAAGAGCAUGCAAUGACAGAAUCCAGGGUUAUUUGUGCGAAUACGAUAACCCUGGUUACUGCCCGCCGCUUAGCAUCAAUGCAUCAGUCUCAUAUCAAACUCAUUUCGGAUUCUCAGCACAAGAAGAUCUCAAAGAGAUUCCUCAGUUCAGCAAUGCAACACUGCAGCCGCUGAGAACGAGGCACAUGUGUGUCGAAGGUGCAUGGUAUCAAGCACCCUGGAGUUGUGAAGCUCUUGGUGGUGGAUGUGAAUAUAAGUGCAUUCAGGAAGGGCAAAUCAACACCUGCAUCUGUCCUCCCGGAUUUACAAUCGACAUCAACAACAGAGUCACAUGCAACAAGCAUGAUGACCCUUGCACGCACGCGGGAUGUGAGCACACGUGCACAAGACGUGGCGAAACAUUCGAGUGCAAGUGUCCCCCGGGGUUAUAUCUGGGUGCAGAUGGGAAGUCUUGCACAAGCUGCAACCCUGGCUUUCACAUGGAAGGUGGCGUUUGCGUGGAUGUUGACGAAUGUUCAUCUGCACCAUGCGAGCAUGAAUGCAUCAACACUGAAGGUAGCUAUCACUGUGAGUGCUUUAAGGGACACAUCAAGUCUGUGGAGAACAUGCACAAAUGUAAUAUGCACUGUACAGAAUUUCCCUGCCCAGCUAAAUGUGAUUCCAACAGCAACCAGUGUGACUGUCCUCGUGGUUUCCUACUUGAAGAGCCAUUUUGCAUUGACAUAGAUGAAUGCGACAGUGAUUUCUGUGACCAUAAAUGUGAAAAUACAGUUGGAGGAUUUCAAUGUUCUUGCGAUGAAGGAUACGUGAUUAAAGACGGAACCAAAUGCAUUACAGAAAACUUUGAGGGUUCAGGCAGCUCAACGACUUUUGAGGAAUUUAUCCCUACGAGCAGAUCCCCAACAGACAUGACAGUGUCCAUCUCAGCUGCCAGUCUUUUAGGAAUAAUGGUUUGCAUUUUUCUUUGUAUUCUUUUACUGGCCUGCCUCGCUCGCUCUAUAAUGAGACGUCUUAGUAAAAUGCACCAUUAUGAUAUGGACGAAGGCCACCAUGAAAUCUUAAAUUUUCAAGAGGUGAUCAUUAACAAACACUGCGUACAACAGACGUUCCCAAAUAGAUAUCUAAAAAGAGACAUUUAACGUUGGACGUCAUGCAAACUGAAAUGUAAAUAGUACACAAUAGUAAACAUAUCUGAUUUUGUAUGUAAACAAAGAUAUAUUGGGAUUAGUGCAACUUCCCUUUGCACAAGUUUGAAUGUCAGUAUUGCUGAAUGUUGCUGCUUGAAGAGAAUAAAUGCUAUAUUUUAAUAUAACCUA